CCCACUUCGUCUCCUCGUCCGACGUCUUCAGCUUUCCCGAGUCUGCUAUUGUAUCAGUCCUCUCAAGUUCCACCGCAAGAUGUCCUACUUUCUUCCUCACCUCCCUUCUGGCUGGCAUGUCGAUGAAGCUAUCAAGUCCGAGGAGGACCGCGUCGUCGUGAUCCGCUUCGGACACGACUGGGACAGCCAGUGCAUGACGAUGGACGAGACCCUCCACGCCGUUGCGGAGAAGGUUCAGAACUUUGCGGUCAUCUAUCUGGUUGAUAUUACGGAGGUACCGGAUUUCAACAAGAUGUACGAGUUGUACGACCCUUGCACGGUCAUGUUCUUCUACCGAAACAAGCACAUCAUGAUAGAUCUUGGGACUGGUAACAAUAAUAAGAUUAACUGGGCAAUGGAUAACAAACAGGAACUAAUUGACAUCAUCGAAACUGUCUACCGUGGUGCCUCUAAGGGCCGUGGUCUUGUCGUUUCGCCUAAAGACUAUUCUACUCGCUACCGGUACUAAGCAAACUCACUCACACGCGUGCGCUUUUCGUUCUGUACUUGUAGACUUUCAAUCACCCUCUGUACACCAUUGUGCAAUGCAUGCCGAGCAUCCUCUGUCGAAAUGAUGCAUAUAGAUUCC